CUGCCCGUGUCCGAGCGCCAAAUCUGACCAUCUCACUAUGGAGGCAGAACUAGCGGGACCUCUCCACAAACAGCUCGCCGACUCGCUCGCCUCCUGCAGUGUGCUGGUGGUUGGAGCGGGAGGAAUCGGCUGUGAGCUGCUCAAGAACCUCGUCCUUACCGGCUUCCACAAUAUUGAAGUGAUCGACCUGGACACGAUCGACGUGAGCAAUCUGAACAGACAGUUCUUAUUCCAGAAGAAACAUGUGGGGAAGUCCAAAGCGCAGGUGGCCAAGGAGAGCGUGCUGCGCUUCUGUCCUUCAGCUAACAUCACUGCCUACCACGACAGCAUCAUGAACCCCGAUUACAACGUGGAAUUCUUCAGGAAGUUCCAGCUGGUCAUGAACGCUCUGGAUAACAGGGCGGCCCGCAAUCACGUGAACAGGAUGUGUUUGGCAGCAGACGUUCCUCUCAUCGAGAGCGGUACAGCGGGCUACCUCGGCCAGGUCACGGUCAUCAAGAAGGGAGAGACCGAGUGCUAUGAGUGCCAGCCCAAACCCACACAGAAAACCUUCCCUGGAUGCACCAUCCGGAACACUCCAUCCGAACCCAUCCACUGCAUCGUCUGGGCCAAAUACCUCUUCAAUCAGCUGUUCGGAGAGCAGGACGCAGAUCAAGAAGUCUCGCCCGACACCGCCGAUCCCGAGGCUGCAUGGAACCCAGAGGACACGGCGGCGAGAGCCACUGCCUCGGAUCAGGACGGAGACAUCAAACGGGUUUCCACCAAAGACUGGGCUCGAUCCACGGGCUACGACGCUGUUAAACUCUUCAACAAGCUUUUCAAAGACGACAUCAUGUACCUGCUGACCAUGGAUAAGCUGUGGAAGAAGAGGAAAGCGCCCGUCCCACUGGACUGGACCGAAAUGCACAAGUUAGAAACCAAUAAGGACGAGGUGUGCGGGACAGGACUGAAGGACCAGCAGGUGCUCGGCGUGUCGGGUUAUUCCCGGCUCUUCCGGCACAGUGUGGAGACCCUCCGCUCACAGCUGGCCGAGAGAGGAGAGGGAGCCGAGCUGGUCUGGGACAAGGACGACCCGCCGGCCAUGGACUUCGUGACUGCGGCUUCGAACCUGCGCAUGCACAUCUUCAGCAUGAACAUGAAGAGCCGCUUCGACGUCAAAUCCAUGGCCGGGAACAUCAUCCCAGCCAUCGCCACCACCAACGCGGUCAUCGCCGGCCUCAUCGUGCUAGAGGCGCUCAAGAUCCUCGACUCGGACUUCCAGCGGUGCCGGACGAUCUUCCUGAACAAGCAGCCGAACCCCAGGAAAAAGCUGCUGGUCCCGUGUGCGCUGGAUCGACCCAACCCCAACUGUUACGUCUGCACCGGCAAACCCGAAGUCACGGUCAAACUCAGCGUGCACAAGACCAUCGUACUGACUCUACAGGACAAGAUAUUGAAGGAGAAGUUUGGCAUGGUGGCGCCCGACGUGCAAAUAGAAGACGGCAAAGGGACGAUCCUCAUCUCCUCGGAGGAGGGAGAGACGGAAGCAAACAACGGCAAGCUCCUGUCGGACUUUGGGAUUCGGAACGGCAGCCGUCUUCAAGCGGACGAUUUUCUGCAGGAUUACACGCUGCUGGUCAAUGUAGUGCACUGCGAGGAAAUGCCGAAGGACGUAGAGUUCGAGGUGGUAGGCGACGCCCCCGAGAAAGCUCCAGCCCCGAGUGCUCCAGAACCAGAGAAGAGCAUCACGAACGGCAGCAACGACUCCGCCCAGCCAUCUACCUCAUCAAAAGCUGUGGUCGAGGACGACGACGUUCUCAUCGUGGACUCCGACGAAGAACCCUCCUCCAGCACGGCGGACGUCCCCAUGGGGUCCACCAACCUGAAGAGGAAGCUGCAGGACGCAGAGACGAGCGAAGCCGGGUCGAAACGCAAACGCCUGGACCAGCAGGCGGCCGGAGACGACGAAGACGACGACGACAUCAUCGCUCUAGACUAGUUUCCCCUGCCGUGUCCCUUUCUUGAAAAGAGAGGUUUUUUGGUUGUAUUUUCAUACCGUUCUCGUUAUAAAAUGUGUAAAUAUAUCUGUAUAAAAAACA